CAGCCCGGGCCCGAGCCCCGGCCCCAGUCCCAGCCCUCCGCCCGGCCCGGCGAUGAAGUGUCACUACGAGGCGCUGGGGGUGCGGCGCGAUGCCAGCGAGGAGGAGCUCAAGAAGGCCUAUAGGAGGCUAGCCCUGAAGUGGCACCCGGAUAAAAAUCUGGAUAAUGCUGCAGAAGCAGCUGAACAAUUUAAAUUAAUCCAAGCAGCAUAUGAUGUGUUGAGUGACCCACAGGAAAGAGCAUGGUAUGAUAAUCAUAGAGAGGCCCUACUGAAAGGUGGGCUCGAUGGUGAAUAUCAAGAUGACAGCUUAGAUUUGCUUCAUUAUUUCACUGUUACCUGUUACUCUGGGUAUGGAGAUGAUGAAAAGGGCUUUUAUACAGUGUAUCGUAAUGUUUUUGAAAUGAUUGCAAAGGAAGAACUAGAAUCUGUAUUAGAGGAGGAUGUUGAAGAUUUCCCAACUUUUGGAGACUCGCAUAGUGACUAUGAUACGGUAGUCCACCCUUUCUACGCUUAUUGGCAGAGUUUUUGCACUCAAAAGAAUUUUGCUUGGAAGGAAGAAUAUGAUACACGGCAAGCUUCAAACCGCUGGGAAAAACGAGCCAUGGAGAAGGAAAACAGGAAGAUUCGGGACAAAGCGAGGAAAGAGAAGAAUGAGCUUGUCCGUCAGCUGGUAGCUUUCAUUCGUAAACGAGACAGAAGAGUGCAGGCGCAUCGGAAACUUCUGGAAGAACAGAAUGCAGAGAAGGCAAGGAAAGCUGAAGAGAUGAGGCGGCAGCAGAAGCUAAAGCAGGCAAAGCUGGCAGAGCAGUACCGAGAACAGAGCUGGAUGACCAUGGCCAAUUUGGAAAAGGAGCUCCAGGAGAUGGAGGCACGCUACGAAAAGGAGUUUGGAGAUGGAUCCGAUGAAAAUGAAGUGGAGGAGCAUGAACUCAAAGACGGACAGGAUGGUAAAGACAGUGAUGAGGCUGAGGAGACUGAGCCUUACGAUGACCUUUACUGCCCAGCAUGUGACAAAUCUUUCAAGACAGAAAAGGCCAUGAAGAAUCAUGAAAAGUCAAAGAAGCAUCGAGAAAUGGUUGCCUUAUUGAAACAACAGUUGGAGGAGGAGGAAGAAAACUUUUCAGGACCUCAAACUGAUGAAAAUCCAUUAAAUGCCAUUUCUGAGGAAGAAAUGGAAGAUGCACCAAAACAAAAGCUUUCUAAAAAACAGAAGAAAAAGAAACAGAAACCACAGAAUUAUGAUGAGAAUUUCAAUGAAAAUGGAAUUGAAGGAGUGAAUGUUGACCCAGAGGAUACUAACUUUAAUCAAGACAAUUCCAAAGAACUGGAAUAUAGUCUCCAAGAAAAUGUCAUUGUCACAGAGACCAUUGAACCAUGUGAUCAAAAAAGUGAAGCUAAAAGUGUUCCUAAACCUAAAGGAAAGAAAACCAAAGAUAUGAAAAAAUCUGUCAAAGUACCUACUGAACCACAACCAAUGACCGAUGUUCUUAUCAGCUGUACAACCUGCCAUAGUGAAUUUCCCUCCAGGAAUAAACUUUUUGACCAUCUAAAGGCCACUGGUCAUGCAAGAGCACCUUCAUCGUCAUCUUUAGACAGUAUAACAAGCAGUCGGAGCAAGAAAGAGAGACGUAAAAACAGAUAGAAAUUCUGACAACACUUUUUUGUUGAUUGUCUCUAGAUUUUGAAACCAAAAACUGAACUGAAAUCAUCUAAAGAGUUAAAAUUUCAGUGAUCAGCAACUUAUUGCAUUGUGGAAGAUUAUUUUUUAUCUUGUAAAAACAUUUUUUUUGUUUAAUAUAUAUUUUUAAACGUUUCACUAGUGGUUGAAUUCUACUUUUGCCAUCUGAAUUGACUUGAAUGUCUCAGAACAGGUAAAUAUUGUAAAGUGUGUAUUCUUAAUUUCUAUUGGCUUAUAUGGAUAGAAAUGUACAGGGAGAAUUAAAUUAUUUUAACACAUA